UCUUUCACUUACUGUAUGGCUUUGGACACGUUACUUAACCUCUCUACCAUCCCAGUGUAAAACUGAGCCAAUAACUGGUAUAAAUCUCGUAGAUCCCUAUUCAAUGUUCAGCACUAAGCGCUGGCUAUUUUUACUAUGUUACUAUAAUUUCUACUGCUGCUGUGCCCCCAUCAUCACUCGCGGCCUCACUCACACCCUGGGUCAUUCACGUUGGUUCUUAUGAGUUUGGAAGGAACACAGAACUAAGUCCGGCUUCCAGUUGCGCUAGUUUAUGUAUGCUCAGAGGCUUGUCCAACACCUGGCACAAAAAAGGUCCUUACAACGCUUGCGGCCUGAAUAACACUGGUUUCCCGAAGAGCUGCUUUGGCCGGGCUGGGAUGGAAUGGCGCAGGCCAGCACUGUGCGGCUGGGGGAAAGGAGGGGCCGUCGUCUAGCAUCUUGGGGAUACGGAACUAAUAGCUGAAGGACGAGUGGACGGUUCCGACAGCGAGGCGAAGUCAUUACGGGAACACAGGCACCACAGAAAAGCCGCUGCAGAAACACUGAACGACCUCGGCGGAAGAAUGGACCGCGCGACCGUAGGGCCCCGAGGGCUGCCGGGAAGCCCCGUCAGGCCCGCCCGCUUAGCACUGACGUCACGCCGCCUGUAGCCCCGUCCUCGCUGGCUCACGUGACCGCCGGGCUGGCGUCGGAGCCAUGGCCGGCCUGGUGGACUUCCAGGAUGAGGAGCAGGUGAAAUCCUUCCUGGAGAACAUGGAGGUGGAGUGCCACUACCAGUGCUACCGCGAGAAGGACCCGGACGGUUGCUAUCGGCUGGUGGACUAUUUGGAAGGAAUCCAGAAGAAUUUUGAUGAAGCUGCCAGGGUGUUGAAGUUCAACUGUGAGAAGAACAAGCACAGCGACAGCUGCUACAAACUGGGCGCCUAUUACGUGACCGGGAAAGGCGGACUGGCUCAGGACCUGAAAGCUGCCUCUGCCUGCUUUCUGAUGGCCUGUGAGAAGCCCGGAAAGAAGUCUGUGGAAGCAUGUCACAAUGUGGGGCUCCUGGCACAUGAUGGACAGGUCAAUGAGGAUGGCCAGCCUGACCUGGGGAAGGCCAGGGACUAUUACACCAGGGCUUGUGAUGGCAGCUAUGCAGCCAGCUGCUUCAACCUCAGUGCCAUGUUUCUGCAGGGCGCCCCUGGCUUUCCCAAGGACAUGGACCAGGCAUGUAAAUACUCAAUGAAAGCCUGUGACCUGGGCCAUGUCUGGGCCUGUGCCAAUGCCAGCCGCAUGUAUAAACUUGGGGAUGGUGUUGGUAAGGAUGAAGCCAAGGCUGAGAUGCUAAAAAAUCGGGCCCGGGAACUGCACAAAGAACAGCAGAAAAAUGUCCAACCCAUAACCUUUGGGUAAGGUGGUGUGUCCCACCGUCCCUCCAGGCAACAGACAGCUUGACACUGGCUCCUCCUUUCUGAGAUCAGAUGAGCCCUUUGUAGAUCAGCCUGCCAGAGCAGGAAGACCUUGGACUUGCUAUCUUGGGUAAUACAGCGCCAUCUGCUCCAGAGUGUUGCCUGCUGGGAGUGGUCGAAGGGUAUAUUUCAGUAAAGAAUCCUUUGGUGUAUUCUGGGAGGACACCCAUAUUUAUAGGGUCUUUUUAAACUCCUGAACCUCUGAAAAAUAGGAAUAAAUUAUAGAGCCAUAAACUUUUGGGUUUGGGGAACACAAAUAGAAUUGGAAAAAAUAGCCACAGGCCUGAAAGGAGCAGCCUUUACUUUGGAAGGGCUUGAAAAUAAGAAAGUAUCUUAAUUUACAUAAUAGAGGUCUUAAGAAGCUAAGAACAGUCACGACUGCCACCCUCUGGCUUACAUAACCAUGGUGUGGGCUUGCCUUUUGCCUUUCCAGUUAGACUGUUUAGCGGAUUCAUAGGGCUCAAGAGCAAGCUGAGUGCGUCCUGAAGGUUGAAGGUACUUACGCUAUAGGAUUGCCAGAGAAGAGGAAACCUAAGCCUGCCCUCCUCAGAGUCAAAAAUGAGCCUCCUCAGGCAUUCACCUGAUUUUGCUCCUCAUGACAAGGGAACAGAUGAUUCCCAAAGCCACACCAGCUAGUAGUGUGUAAGCAGGGGUUAUGGGACUUGGUAGCACCAAGUUUGUCCGCUGGAACGAAACCCUUUCUUUAACAGGGUUUUGUGAUGCCUAGACUGACCUCAAAGUACUGCCUCAGCCUCCCCAGUGCUGGGAUUACAAGCAUAUGCCACCAUGCCUGGAGGGUCUGAACUUUUUAAGUUGUCCCUGUGAAUAAACUCUUUUCAGUUGGUUUUUCAUUUGUAAUGUUAGUGCUUUCUCCCAAUUCUGGGCAGCAUAGAAUGUGUUCUUCAUAGUCAUUGUGCCUUGUCUUUGAAGAACGUUGACUUUUUUUUCUUGUUGUCUCCAUACGUGUAGCCAGGGGGCGAGCUUGUCAUUUUCCUCUGGUGACUGGACCAUUAUAUCUGUCACCAACCUUUGCUCUUCCCAGUUUUGCAGUUAGCUGCCCUAGAAGGAAGGCUUGCCUUGUGAAGGUUUGUGAGUAUAGCCAGCUGUCUUCUCAUGUUGAUAUAGGAGAGGGGCUUUCCCAAGUGCAGAGAGAAGUUUUAAAAGGCAUCAAGUUUGUUUUUAAAAUGUCUUAAAAGCAGCUUUUGGUGUGCUUAAAAUAAACCCUAUAGGCUAACAAGCAUAGGAAGAGAUACUAGCAUUACUAGUCAUGUAGGAAGUAUACAUCAAAACCUCAGGAACUCUAAACUCAACAUAAAAACAAAUGAGGAUCAGCAAGAUGGCUCAGUAAGGGCACUGGCCACUGAGCCUGACCAACUGAACCUGAUCAUCACCCAGGAUCCAGCCACAUGGUGGAAGGAGAGAACUGACUCCUAUAAGUUGUCCUCUGACCUCCACACACACACUACACACGCUGCGGCAUGCUCGAGCCUUCUCUCAUACAAUAAAUAUCUUAAGAUAUAAUAAUUAUUAAAAAGAAAUAGGCGCAAGGCCUUGAUAGAUGUGUCACCAAAGAAGAUACGUAAAUGGAAAGUAGGUGCUUGAAAUGAUCCAUGUAACAUGUCAGGAGGGAAAUGCAGAAACAAACUAUACUGUUGGAACACUACUAGAGUGUCUAGACAACAUUGACAACACCAAAUGCUAGUGGGGUGUGUUAUCACUGCUGUGGAAACAAGAUGGUAUAGCCACUCUGAACAAUAGCGUAGCAGUAUCUUGUGUUAACUAAACAUACAGUAUACUUUGUGAAUCUUGCUCCUUGAUAUUUCCCCAAGAGAAUUGGAAAUAUGCUCAUAGAAAAACCAGUACAUGGAUGUUCAUAGCAACCUUAUUUAUAAUUUAUAAGGCUGAGACAGGAAGAUUGCCCCAAACUUAGAAGCAAUCAAGAUGUCCUUCAAUAGGUGAGAGGAUAAACUGAUACAUCCAGACAGUAGACUAAUACCAGUGCUAAAAAGAAUGUGUUAGCGAGCCACAAAAAGAUGUAGAGGAAUAUUGCCAAGUGAACGAAGCCUAUCCAAAGGGUUACGCUCUUGAUUCCAGGUGUAUGAUACUGGCUAGUAUUCUCAAAAGGAGUAACUGGAGACAAUAAGGGAUUAGAGACUGGCAGUGUGGCUCAGUGGUAGAGUGCCAAGUUCCUGGGGUCCACAAGUUCUCAGCACCACAGUUUUAAAAGUUCAGGUGUCACAGGGUGUGGUGGCGCAGGCCUUUAAUCCCAGCAUUUGGGAGGCAGAGACAGGUGGAUCUCUGUGAGUUCGAGGCCAGCUUGGUCUACGUAGCAAGUUCCAGGCCAACUGGGGUUACAGAGAGACCCUGUCUCAGAAAGACCAAAAGGAAAAAAGAGUUCAGGUGUCAGGGUGAAUAGUUAAAGCACAGAGAACUUUGGUCAUAGAACUACUCUGUAUGAUACUCUUAACAUUGAAUGUGCGUCACUUGCCAUUUGUCCAAAUAUGUAAAAUAUGCAACAAGAGUGAACCCUCAUGUAAGCUGUGGACUUAGGGUGAAGAUGCCCAGAAUAGGUUCAGCAGUUAUGUGCUUUUCUGGUAGACAUGUUGAGGCUGUUCAUGUGUAAGGGCUGAUAUCUGUAUAUAGGAAAUCUCUGUAUUGUCUCAAGUUUGCUGUGAACCAGAUACUCUAAAAAGUCUAUUGAAAACAGAAUCACACUGAGAUACUACCUCACACCCAUUAGGAUCACCGCUAUUAAAAAAAUAAAUGUCAAAGUUGCAGGAAAAUUGGAACCCUUAUGCACUGUUGAUGGGAAUGUAAAAGUUUAGAAAUAAAUUGCAUUUUUCUUUUA